AUGUCCUAUGAUAUGAAUGCCCUGUUUUAUCCAACUUCGGAGGGCUGGAUUUCAAGCAUGGCCCACACCACCUUGUCUGUUGCUGGAACGAGCACAGCCUCUUCAGCCAAUUCCUCGUAUUAUGGUUCCUCCGUAUUGAUUAAUGCUGAAAAUAAUAUUAAACAAACUCAUCUUGAAACCGUUUCACCCGAUGUUAGCCAACUUGUAAAUCAAGGUGAUCAGAAUGAUCAUGUUGUCGUUGCUGAAAAUGAUACUAACAGCACCAUCUUGGACGAGAACGAUGAAGACAAUGAAAGUGAUGAUGCUGUAGUGUUCCUAUGCCAAAUUAACCGUUCUCACGACGACUCUGUCAGCGAUACAAGUGGUCCUCGACGACGUGAUCACAAGUCACCAAGCACAGCUCGUGCCUUUCGAAACAUUGAUUCUCAAAGAUUGGUAUCAGAGGAAGAAUCUAUGGAUGACGUUUUGGACGAGGACAUGAACGAGAGUGAAUCUGAGGAGGAAGCAAAUUCCAUUGUCACAGACACGCCAUCAUCGAAAAAUUCAUAUCGGCCACAACAGAAAAAGAAGAACAAAAAAAACCGUGCUGACGAACUGAAAGAGAGAUUGAGAGGAAUCAAAGGAAUUAUUAAAAAGAAGAACAACAGAAAAUAUCAAAACAAGAAACAUCAUGAAAGAAUCCGGGAACAAAAUAUAGACAAAGUCCCUGGUGUACAUCAUGUCACACCCUCAGAUACUCAUUCACAGCAGCUUCCUUCUUUUGUUCUUCAACAUGCUACACCACCAGGGGCUCAACUCAUUCAGGUUUCGGCUCCUCCGUUCGUACCACAAAUGCCACCUUCCUCUCAGCAUGGCGAACCUAUGCCACAUCCCCUUGCAUCGUUGUUUCCACCAACAACAACAACACCAGCUUUGGAGAGUUUUCAGUACCAAGCCAUGUCGCAGUUCUCACAACAUCCUCAACAAGUGGAAGCAAUACCACCCCCAUCACAUUCUCAACCAUCGACGUCAACUAAUGAGCAAAUUAACGAGCAAGCACUAUCUGUGAAACGAGAAAGUAUGAAACUCUUAAAAGAGAAUUACGGCGAAGACCGUUUGGUUCACGACACUAUUUCAUUGAUUCGUAGAAUGCGGCACGUUCCUGAACAAUAUAUGGAACCCAUUUUAAAACGAACAAUUAAGGAGAAGAACGGGAACAUAUUUAACACCGAAGAUACCGAUUAUUAUCUUCUUUGUGAGCUUGAAAAAAGUGAUUACUAUACCAAAAAAGAGCUUGACAGAUGUUGGAACGCCGAUUGCAAACAAACCGAGGGCUGGAAAAAAGUCUCUCGUGAAUACCCAGGCUUAAAGAACUAUAUCAUGCCACCCAAAAUUACCCAUUCGCAAGUGUACACGGCUAUCAAAAAGCACCCAGACUUACAAGAUAAAUUUAAGUGA